AUGAAUCAGGGGGAACAUUUAUUUCAAGAUAUGGCUAGGGCGUCCCCCGUAGGCGACGCGCGAGGACAUCGCCGUACACUGGUGAGAAAUGGACAGCGGCUACUGUAUCAAGAGCGAAUGCGGCUAAAGAAGUUAGCUCAAAGGAGGGGGGAGAGGCAGAAGAAAGAAAAUGAGACGAUAGGUUUGAAGAUUGAAACACUGAAUGUGGGGAGUAUGACAGCGAGGAGCCACGAACUGGUGGACCUGAUGGAGAGGAGAAAGAUAAGAAUCAUGUGCUUGCAGGAGACAAAGUGGAAGGGGAGUAAGGCCAAAGAACUUGGAAACGGAUUUAAACUGUUCUACAUGGGAGACGAUGGAAGAAAGAAUGGAGUUGGAAUUGUUUUGGAUGAGGAACUCAAGAAGGGGGUACUAGAAGUGACAAGAUCUUCAGACCGAAUCAUCUGGCUUAAGAUGGAGAUGGGUAAACUGGUGGUGAACAUCAUGAGUGUGUAUGCGGCGCAACAAGGUUGUGCAGACGAAGAGAAGGAGAAGUUUUGGGAGGAGUUGGACGAAGAAGUGAGAAAAAUUCCAGCUGAGGAGAAACUAUGGAUAGGGGGUGAUUUCAAUGGACACGUUGGUGCUGAUAACACAGGCAGAGAAGAGACGAUGGGCAAAUUUGGUUAUGGUACUAAGAAUGAUGGUGGAGAAGAACUCGUGACAUUCGCGAUGAGGCAUAAUUUGUGGAUCGUUAACACGUUCUAA